AUGCGCGCAAUGCGACUACCGUCAACACUCCCAUGGUCAAGGGCCAUCAAGGCCCUUUCAAAACCAUUGGGCUUACCAUUAAUAUCAUUGAUACCAUGUCAAACAUUCACAACAACUCUCGCACUGCCUGCCAAACCUUUCCCUCCCCGCAUGAAGUUCGAUGAAGCCGACCUAACAAUAUCCUACCUAAAGGGCACAGGACCUGGAGGCCAAAAGAUUAAUAAAACGAAUUCCGCUGUUCAAAUCACCCACAAACCUUCCGGCGUGGUCGUAAAGUGCCAAGCCACUCGCUCUCAGUCUCAAAAUGCGAAGAUAGCCCGCGCCUUACUGGCUGAUAAAGUGGAAGAGCUGGAGAAGGGUGAUCAAAGUCGCACCGCGCUCAAAUUGGAAGCUGCGAGAAAGAAAAAAGCUAGCAAGUUGAAGAAGACGAGGAGGAAAUAUCGCAAUUUGGAGAAGGAUGAGCUAGAACCAGAGAAUGCCGAGGGAAAACGGGAUGGAGAUCAACAAAUUGAAACAGGCGGUGGUGACAAAGAUGAUGGAGCUAUCAGUACAGAGGGAAGUACUGAUCAUAAAGGCUCAUCUUCAUGA